GAGAAAAACUUCAAAGUGGUUCGAAUUCACAACUAAACAAAAUUUGUGCUGCUUCAUCGCUGAAAAAAGGGACUUUUUGAAAGUUUUAGUGCAUUUUAUUACCCUAAAAUGACUACCGACAUCGCCAGAGAUAUCCCCCAAAGUGGAUUUAGCUUUGAAAAUUGUCGCAGGAAUAACUUUUUGCUCCAGAAGGGAUUCCCAGCCCCAAAGGUGGUGAAAACGGGAACAACAAUUGUGGGGAUUAUCUACAAAGAUGGGGUAAUUUUGGGUGCUGAUACCCGAGCCACUGAGGGCCCGAUUGUGGCUGAUAAGAAUUGCGAGAAGAUUCACUAUCUCGCCAAGAAUAUCUAUUGCUGCGGUGCAGGGACUGCUGCAGACACCGAAAUGACGACCAAGACAAUUGCUUCUCAGCUGGAGCUUCAUCGUCUCCAGACUGGACGUGAAGUACCCGUUGUGGCGGCCAAUUGUAUGCUCAAGCAGAUGCUAUUCCGCUAUCAGGGCUACAUUAGUGCUGCCCUUGUUCUCGGUGGGGUGGACAGCACUGGGCCACGUAUCUACUGCAUCUAUCCUCAUGGAUCUACGGAUAAACUCCCCUAUGCGACAAUGGGAUCGGGAAGUUUGGCUGCAAUGUCGGUGUUUGAGUCUCGCUGGCGUCCAGAUAUGUCUGAAGAGGAGGGAAAGAAACUCGUGAGGGAUGCAAUUGCAGCCGGGGUCUUUAAUGAUCUCGGUUCGGGAUCGAAUGUAGAUCUCUGCGUCAUCCGGAAGGGCUCCACUGAGUACUUGCGAACAUACGAAGAGGCCAAUGAGAAAGGAGUGAGAAGUUUAUCCUACAAGGCACCCGCUGGAACCACAAAGGUCCUCAAGGAGACUCUAACAAAGCUAGAUAUUGGGGAGACUGUUAGAAUAACUGCUGGCCCAUCUUCUGAGGGGGUUACCCCAAUGGAUACGGCUUAAAUUUUCUUAUAUUCCCUUUUUUUUUUUCAAUAAAAUACUUUCAUGGCACUUGAGGUUGCUAAAUAA